AUGAGAGUAAAUCAUAGAAUUUUCAUAAAACGCAUGUUGGAAACUGGAAAUCUUACAACAUGCACAUAUAAAUGCACUACACACUUUAGCAAAGAAGCUUUGGCAAUGAGAACUAUGCUGCAAAAGGGCAUGUUAUGUCGUUCAUCUGCUACCUUAUUAAACCGCAAGGUGAUAGAUAAUGUUCGGCUUUCAUCAGCUUGUACCCUCAUUAGGAGUAGGACAGAUAAGAUCAAAGAUUCUAUAGAGGAAAUAAUACUCGAAGGGAAACCGCCCAAUCAAGCCAACACAGACUAUAAAGUCCUAUUUAAAGUCUUUGAGAUGGCGGGAAUAUCCAAAAAUAUUUCAUUUAGACAGCAGGCAAUCCAGUUGAAGCGAUUGAUAGCCAACAACAAAAUUACAGACUCUCAGCUUUACCAUGCUGUGCAAGUUAUAGAGACCCAAGAAACAGAUAAAAACUAUUCUGCUGGAUGCCAGCAUAGUUUCGAUAAAACACCUUCUUCCGAAGCAUCUGAAACAGGUAUACAGCAUAAUUCCAGCGGCGAGAGUCUGGGUUGUGCCCUCAGCCCCUCGAACAUUAAUAGCAAUAAUAACAAACAGGAGAAUAAACCACUUUGUCUACCAUUAACUUAUGCCAACGCUAAAGGGUUUCAACCGAUUACCAAUAAUGAGAAAAAGGAUCCAGAUUUGAUAAUAUUAGAAGAACUUCUUCGCCCUGAUUCAACUGAAAAUAUAAUGGUUAAGAAGUUCAAUUGGGACAAGCAGGGCGUUAAAAAGUUUGAUUGGGAAAACCAUGGCCGAAAUCAAGUUGAAACUUCGAGCUCAGAAUUGCAUAGUGCUGGGUCCAUGUCGUUGCUGGAAGAAUAUUUGAAAAAUUUGAAAUCUAAACCUUCAUUCUCUGACGUCGAUGAUCGGAUGUUGGGUAAAUCAGCUAUUCCUGAGUCCAAAGAACUUUUGGUAUAUAACUUUCAGGAAAAGGACACUGAGCUUAUAUCUUUGGACACUCGUGGUUUGUUAAAUGUUAAUUAUAAGGAUCUUUUCUCGGUUAUAAACGGUGGAACUUAUCCUCCUGAACAAAUGCUUAACAUUGUAAAUAAAUAUGAAGAUGAGGGCUGGGAAUUGGUUGGAGACAUCUACGACGAUCCCCAUACACUUGUAUUCCAAAGAAAGAUGGACAAUACAUCUACUCAAAAAAACAUAAGGCUUCUAAAGAAGAAGUUUUUCUCUAGAACCACUGCAUUGACUAAUAGCAUCGCCCGUAUCGGAAAAAUAUUCUUUAUAAAAUCCUGA